CCGAGAAGUCGGAGACCCUUGUGCAUGAAGACAGAUUUGUUCUAUGGCCUCGGAGUUGGGAGCCGGGGACGAUGGCAGCUGCACUGAGCUGGCAAAGCCCCUCUAUCUUCAAUACUUGGAGAGGGCCCUCCGGUUGGACCAUUUCUUGCGACAAACAUCAGCCAUCUUCAACAGGAAUAUUUCUAGUGAUGAGAGUGAAGAUGGACUGGAUGACAGUAAUCCUUUAUUGCCCCAGUCUGGGGAUCCCUUAAUACAAGUUAAGGAAGAACCUCCAAAUUCAUUGCUUGGAGAAACUUCUGGAGCAGGCAACUCUGGAAUGUUAAACACAUACUCGCUGAAUGGAGUUCUACAGUCAGAAUCAAAAUCUGACAAAGGGAAUUUAUAUAACUUCUCUAAAUUGAAGAAAAGCAGGAAGUGGCUAAAGAGCAUUCUGCUAAGUGAUGAGUCCAGUGAGGCAGAUUCUCAGAGUGAAGACAAUGAAGAAGAAGAAGAAGAAGAGGAAGAACUCCACCUCAGCAGAGAAGAACUUCAUAACAUGUUGCGGCUGCACAAGUAUAAGAAACUUCACCAGAAUAAGUAUAGCAAAGACAAGGAGCUGCAGCAGUACCAAUACUACAGUGCAGGCCUGCUCUCCACAUACGACCCUUUCUAUGAGCAACAACGGCACCUACUUGGACCCAAAAAAAAGAAAUUCAAGGAGGAAAAGAAACUUAAAGCCAAGUUGAAAAAAGUGAAGAAAAAAAGGCGAAGGGAUGAAGAACUUUCCUCUGAAGAAUCUCCUCGUUGCCACCACCAUCAGACCAAAGUUUUUGCCAAGUUCUCUCAUGAUGCACCUCCUCCUGGCACCAAGAAGAAGCACUUAUCCAUUGAGCAACUUAAUGCUCGUCGCAGGAAAGUAUGGCUCAGCAUUGUGAAAAAGGAACUACCAAAGGCCAACAAGCAGAAAGCUUCAGCUCGUAACCUGUUUCUCACCAAUAGCCGAAAGCUUGCCCACCAGUGCAUGAAGGAGGUGCGUCGAGCUGCCUUGCAGGCCCAAAAGAACUGUAAGGAGACCUUGCCUCGUGCCCGCCGCCUCACCAAGGAGAUGCUUCUGUACUGGAAGAAGUAUGAGAAGGUGGAGAAGGAACAUCGCAAGCGUGCAGAGAAGGAGGCCUUGGAGCAGCGGAAGUUGGAUGAGGAAAUGCGGGAGGCCAAGAGGCAACAGCGAAAACUGAACUUCUUAAUCACCCAAACAGAGUUGUAUGCCCAUUUCAUGAGUCGCAAACGAGACAUGGGUCAUGAUGGAAUUCAGGAAGAAAUCCUAAGGAAACUGGAAGACAGUUCUACCCAAAGACAAAUUGACAUUGGUGGAGGGGUGGUAGUUAACAUUACACAGGAGGAUUAUGAUAGUAACCAUUUCAAAGCCCAGGCCCUGAAGAAUGCUGAAAAUGCUUACCAUAUUCAUCAAGCUCGGACAAGGUCAUUUGAUGAAGAUGCGAAAGAAAGUCGAGCAGCUGCCCUUCGGGCAGCAAACAAGUCUGGCACUGGGUUUGGGGAGAGUUACAGCCUGGCAAACCCAUCUAUCCGGGCUGGGGAAGAUAUUCCACAGCCUACAAUUUUUAAUGGCAAAUUAAAAGGCUAUCAGCUGAAAGGCAUGAAUUGGUUGGCAAAUCUCUAUGAACAGGGCAUUAAUGGCAUUCUUGCAGAUGAAAUGGGCCUUGGUAAAACAGUGCAGAGUAUUGCCCUCCUGGCCCAUUUGGCUGAGCGAGAGAACAUCUGGGGACCUUUCUUAAUAAUUUCACCUGCUUCUACACUUAACAAUUGGCACCAGGAAUUUACUAGAUUUGUUCCUAAAUUUAAGGUAAAAAUCAAUCCAACAAAAAUUUUUAUAUUAGUCAGUAUAAUAUAUUAUUUGUUGGGGGGGCCUCCUGGCAUUUCAGAUCAACUCUCUCGAUUACACAUGAUCUUGAAGCCAUUUAUGCUGAGGAGAAUCAAGAAAGAUGUAGAAAAUGAAUUGUCUGACAAGGUUACCGCAGUGCCAUUGGAUUCUUACUGCAAUGACCGAAGUGCAGAAUAUGAGCGGCGAGUGCUGAAGGAAGGAGGGAGUCUGGCAGCCAAGCAGUGUUUGUUAAAUGGGGCCCCUGAACUGGCGGCAGAGUGGCUAAAUCGACGGUCCCAGUUCUUCCCAGAGCCAGCUGGAGGACUGUGGAGCAUCAGGCCUCAGAAUGGCUGGUCUUUCAUCAGGAUUCCAGGCAAGGAGAGCCUCAUCACUGACAGUGGAAAGCUGUAUGCCCUUGAUGUCCUCCUGACUCGGCUCAAGUCUCAAGGACAUAGGGUCCUUAUCUACUCCCAGAUGACCAGGAUGAUAGACCUGCUGGAGGAAUACAUGGUUUAUAGGAAGCAUACCUACAUGAGGCUUGAUGGCUCAUCCAAGAUCUCAGAGAGGCGGGACAUGGUUGCUGAUUUUCAGAACAG